ACAUACACCAAACACCAGUGUGCUAACUAACAACAGAGAAGUGAAGCAGAACAACGGUAUAGACAGACACGAAAUCCUGCUAGAACUGAUUUUUUUCUAACUUUUAUUCUGUAGUUGUUUAGUUAACUAACCGCUGUAUGUGUAGCAGCCGUGUUGUGCGUCGAUGUGUGAACCUGCCAACAGACAGACUUGUUAAUGCUGUUAGCCUGGCAGCUAAACUUGCAGCUGGGCAGCUCGUUGCUUGUAGUUAGCAUCGAUGAGGGAAACCAAACUCCGGUUUAAAUGCUGUAAACAGGACUGAACAGCUCGUACUGAGUUACUGAGCUAGUUGGCCGCUUGUCUGCUGAGAAAGAAUUCAACAGAAUGACAGAGGAUGUCGUCCUGUUGAAUGUACCUGUCAUUCGGCAGCUGUACCACUGGGACUGUGGGUUAGCCUGCUCCAGGAUGGUCCUGAAGUACCUCCACCCUGUGAGUGAUGAGGAGUUUCAGAGAGCAUGCUGGGAGCUGAAGCUGACAGAGAGCGUGUGGACUAUUGACCUGGCCUACCUCAUGUGCCAUCUAGGAAUCAAACACUGCUUUUGCACGCAGACCCUGGGUGUUGACAAGGGCUUUAGGAAUCAGUCCUUUUAUAAGAAGCAUUUUGAUACUGAAGAAGACCGAGUGAAUGAGCUUUUUCUUAAAGCAGAGACCAAAAGUGUGGUGGUGAAGAAAUGCUCUGUGACGGUUCAGGAAAUUCAGUCUCACCUGGAGCAGGGCCACGUUGCCAUAGUGUUGGUCAACGCUGUUGUCUUGACAUGUGAACUCUGCUCCUCGCCUGUCAAAUACUGCUGCUUCUUGCCUGUUGGUCAGAAGUGUUUCUGCAGGAAACCUGAGUACCAGGGUCAUUUUGUGGUUGUGUGUGGCUUCAACAGGACCACCGGCUGCAUUUUCUACAACAACCCUGCAUAUUCUGACCGGGUGUGCUGCACCAGCGUCAGUAACUUCGAGGAGGCCCGGCGGAGUUAUGGGACAGAUGAGGAUAUCCUGUUCAUCUUUAAGGAAAGCUGAUGGGAAGCGGACAUGGAUUUGGCUCUUCCCAGCUCAUCAUUAUAAUAGUGACAUCAUAAUGCAGGUUCUGGACUAGUGGCUCCUGCUGUCGUCAGCUGUCGCUGUCCUCUCCGGUGCUAAUGCUCACAUGACAAACACUUAGCUGCACAUUCACCCAUGUUCCCGACAUACAGCCGACAUGACAUGUGAAGGAUUAACAGCUGGAAGAUAUCAACAAAUUUAUGCUGAAUUGUUUAUUUUUGUAUUUUCUUUUCUUUUAGAUAAGCAGAUAGUUUCAUCAUGUUUUUGUUGAGUUUUAAUGACAGCGGUUGCUCAUGGAUUGGAAUCUUUAACUAUGAACAGAGUAUUUCAGAUUUAAAAUGGAUGAAAUAUGGGAAUUAUGACCUAAAUUAAGAAUUACCAGGAAAUAAUGUGCACAUAAUUCAGGGUUGAUGAUGAAAACAUUUAGUAUAUCCAAUGUAUUUGUUGUGUUCGGUGUUGACGUCAGAAGGUGCUCAUGUGUAGCCACCAGCCUCACCUCUACUUGCCUUUUUAAAGAAAUCCUCCUAACUCACCUGUCACUUUUUAUUCACGUGAUUAUUUCAACAAGAACAGAGGAAGUAGUUGUGUUUUGAACGUCUCAGGUAAUUAAUGCCCUAAAGUGUGACAUGCGCAUCAAAUGACAAAACUAGUUCAAUGCAAUACUCCAUAGUCUGUCUAUGGAACUGAAUCUGCCUGCAGAAGAACAUGGAUGGACUUGAUGGACACAGAGAAACAUGAAUUCACCACUUUGAUUCACUUCACCGAGGAAAAAAACAUCUUGUGUUAUGGUGUUGGAUAGAUGGAUGCAUUGUACGGCUGUUUUGAUCAUGUGGCAGAACAAAGGUGUGAUGAAUAGAUCAUUUCCUCCUCGUCACUCAAGUUUUAUUUCUCCAUUUUGGUAUCAUGGUUAAGUUUUUGCACUACGCUUUUCAUACCAGACGUAAUUCUAUGUUAUUUAAUUUUUUUUUUUUUUUAAAUUGCCAUGAAAUAGUUUUUUUUCUGAAUACAUGAGAAGUGAUUUCUUCCUGGCUGUGCUUUUUUGUGUGAACAAAUAGCACAUUUUAAACUUUAUUUUUUAUUAAACAUAGAGCUGCAUUUAUUAUAUGUUGUAAUUAAAAGAUUUCAACAGGAGA